AAGCGUCCGACUCGGAGCGGAGGGAGGUUGGAGGAGCAGAGCUGCUUAGUGUCGUUGUAGCGGAAAUUAUUGUUCGCUCCAGUUUCACGCACUGCAGCCUCUGGAUUAAAACCACCGCAGUUUCCUCUCAAGACGAGCCGCAGCGCAGAAACGGAUAUAAAACAAGGGGUUUCUCACACUGCGAGAAGUUUGCACGCGGAGUUUUAAAGAGUAGUUUCGGGUGGGCUGGCUGAGCGAGCCUGGCUGCCCGCUGCGCGUCCCCCCUGCCCCGGCCAGCCAACCACAAGUUAGCCCGCUGUGCUGGUCUUCUUCCAGCUGUGGUGAAUCAUGGCGCUCAGAGCCAAGGCGCUGUACGACUUCAACUCUGAAAACCCCGGGGAGGUGUCGGUGAGGGAGAACGAAGUACUGACUUUGUACAGCGAACAGGACAUAGAUGGCUGGUUUGAGGGGACGAACAGCAAAGGAGAGAGGGGACUGUUCCCCGCUUCCUACGUGGAGAUCCUGAGGAACGACGCCACCUCCACGUUCAACAACAACAGCUGUAGCACAUCUGGGGACACUUACCCGGACUCCCGAUACGCCAACGUCCCAUCCGGAGGGUUUGACGGCUCUCAGAAUAAAGUUGAGAACCUUUCUAAACUGUCUCCGCCCGCGUUCACCUCUUUCUCAGCCCCCACACAACAACAGCAGCAGCAGCAGCAGCACACUUACCAGCAGCAGAGCCAAGGGAGCGAUGAUGACUGGGAUGAUGACUGGGAUGACAGCUCUACUGUCGCAGAUGAGCCAGGGACUGUAGGAGGAAGGUAUAGGGACUUUGAAGGCAAUGGGCCUUCCACUUACAGAGUGUCAACAUCGUCAAUGGCAAGAGGAAAUGCACAGCAAGCGAAGAGCUCUGCCACGGUCAGUAGGAACCUGAACAGGUUUUCAACCUUUGUGAAGUCAGGAGGAGAGGCGUUUGUGCUCGGGGAGGCGUCAGGCUUUGUGAAGGAUGGGGAUAAGAUCUGUGUGGUAAUGGGUCAAUAUGGUCCUGAGUGGCAGGAGAACCCGUACCCAUUCGCUUGUACAAUUGACGACCCCACUAAACAGACCAAGUUCAAGGGCAUGAAAAGCUACAUCUCCUAUAAGCUGACACCCACCCACACCCAGACCCAGGUGAACAGGAGGUAUAAGCACUUUGACUGGCUGUACGCUCGCCUGGUGGAGAAAUUCCCUGUUAUCUCGGUGCCACACAUCCCGGAGAAGCAGGCCACAGGGCGAUUUGAGGAGGACUUCAUCUCCAAGAGGAGGAAGGGCCUGAUAUGGUGGAUGAACCACAUGACCAGCCACCCUGUCCUGGCCAGGUGUGAUGUUUUCCAGCACUUCCUCACCUGCAACAGCGCUGACGAGAAGGCCUGGAAGCAGGGCAAGAGGAAGGCCGAGAAGGACGAGAUGGUCGGAGCCAACUUUUUCCUCACCAUCAGCCCCCCUGCAGCUCCGCUCGACUUCCAGGAGGUCGAAAGCAAAAUAGACGGGUUCAAGACCUUCACCAAAAGGAUGGACGAGAGCACCUUGCAGCUCAACGCCACUGUAAAUGAGUUUGCCCGCAAGCAGAUUAGUGGUUUCAAGAAGGAGUAUCAGAAAGUGGGGCUGUCAUUUAAGGUCCUCAGCCAAGCCUUUGAAAUGGACCAGCAGGUGUACUCUGCUGGACUCAACCAGGCGAUCUCCUUCACUGGGGAGGCGUAUGAAGCCAUCGGAGAGUAUUUUGCUGAGCAGCCCAGCAAGGAUCUCGACCCCAUCACAGAUUUGUUAGCUCUUUACCAAGGACACCUGGCAAAUUACCCAGACAUCAUCCAUGUCCAGAAAGGAGCCCUGACAAAGGUGAAAGAGAGCAAGAAGCAUGUGGAGGAGGGCAAGAUGGACCGGGCACAGGCGGAAGGCAUCGACGAUCGCUGCAACAUCAUAUCCUGUGCCACUCUGGCCGAGAUCCAGCACUUCCACCAUAUCCGCGUGCGCGACUUCAAGGCACAGAUGCAGCACUACCUACAGCAGCAGAUUUCCUUCUUCCAGAAGGUCACAGGAAAGUUAGAGGAGGCUCUACAGAAAUACGACAACGCGUAAUAGGUCACUUGUCUCUCAGACCGUCGGUUUACACCUUGAUGAUCAGUGGCCAUGCUCCUCCCUCGGCCAGCCAGUAGAGCUUUGGCUAACAAACAGCUAGUAUCAUAUACUGCUGAAUGCUGUUCAUCCAACAGGGAGGGACAUUCAAGGAGAUUACUCUCCAGUAAUAAUGAAAUUUCAACCAAAUACAGGUUUCUGUGUGUGUUGGCCACAUUUUUGGGGUGGACUGGAUGUCAGUGUUUAAGAAGGGACGUGUAAUUUAAUGAAAUUAGGCCAACUUGUAAUACAAACAACAACAACAUGGUCAUGCCUUUUAAUUUAACGAGAAUCAAUGAUGGUGCACCACUUGGUGCAUGGGUAAAUUAAAUCUAAUCGAUGUUAUGACCUGCAGAGAGAGAACCUUGUGUCUGCUGCUACCUACACACCCGGUGCAAGAUUUAAUAUAUCAAGUGUUUUUGUCUUAAAAACACUGUUUUUAACCGACUGUUUUCAAGUGACUGCCACUCCAGAAGCAGCAUUUCUCCAGUGGCUAGCACACUGCCUUCUGGAAACACUCAUGCCCUUCCUGGUAUCUCUCUCCUUGGACUAACAAGACGAAAUGUUUACAGUCUCCUCGCUGAGCGGCCACAGACACCACUGUCUCGCUGUGCCUUCUGAUUACGUCUCUCUGGUCAUUUUUGUUACUUGUUACUAAAAAGCUUUACAUACUGUAUAUGUAAAAAUAUAUUCUAUUUGUUUUUACAAAGCUACACAUUUUGCAGUCUUUGAAAAAAAAAAAAGAUCACUGUGCUUUGAGGGCUGUGUCUUUUAUAGUCUUUUUUUCCCCCAGUGGCCCCAGGAUUGAUUUUCAACACUCAAGAGUGUGACAAAAUCAGAAUCAAUGAGAUGUACCUGCUUUGACAAUAUGUACCCACGCCUUAUACAUGGCACAGCCAGCACUGGUGCUGAUUUUAAGCUUGCAGAAUUUAAGGGAUGAAUAUAAAUGACACUUGUUGUGCCAGAUACCUGAAUUUGUAUCAACAAAAAUGUUUGUUUUCAGGCUUAGUUUUGAGCGUAGUGUUCAGAGGCAGAAUGUUAGAGGGCACACGGUUCCUCACCUGUUUUAAUAAUGCAGUCAUUUUAAUAGCACACUUCUAGACAGUUCAGUUGUACGGCUAUUUUAACCUUCAUGGUGAUGGUUGCAUCACGAAGAGAAAAACAUAGAAGCAGAGACACAAAAUAAAUUCCUCCUUCACAGAAA